UUCAUUCAACUUUGUGCCGCUCGAGCGUGCGUAUAUAGUUCCCUCUCAUCAGUUCCUUCGCGAGUACCUUACAAAAAAAAACCACACAACUGCAAUUAAAAAAAGAGAUCAGCGAUCUACCUAAUUACUUUCCAACAAAAAAUUUCCAAAAACUGUUAAUCAACUACGUGAGCCGUCGUUAAAAAAAAAAGACUCCACGAACGCGUAAUUCCAGUUUCCCCAUUGGGUGUUUGCCUUAAAGUGCGCCAUAAACUAAGGCGGCUGCUAAGUCGACGAGGAAGAGUGAAAAUAACGCCCACCAGCGACUAACUAACUGGACGACUAAAUACCUGAAAAAAGGGGAGGCGAGGUGAAAUCACAGAGUUGCGAUAGGAGCUUGGAAACAAAAAACCACAAAAAAAAUAAAAGAUAAAGCCUCCUAGAGGAAGCAACGUUGCCACAUUUCACCGACCAAUCAGUCGAGCAAUUAACCAAGGUGUUAUCUCUCAGAUAGUGAUUAGAGGCGGCGAGAGUACCGUUAAAAAAACGCACCCCCUCGCCCCAUUUUUUUGAGUGGAAAACCCCAUUCUACGGAGAUAAAGAGCAUUAUAGAGAGGGCGCUAGCAGACGGAGUGGCUGCCAUUGGAAUACCCAUUUAGAGUGAGCGGGAGAUCCCAGAAAGACCGUGUUCGGAGCGCACUGAGUAGUAACCACCACCACCGGCGGUGUAGCACUCGAAUCGACGAAACUCAACCACUCAACCAACCACCACACUCAGCCGCAGCGGAGAAGUACACAUAUCGCCUGUCAAAAUGUUUGCUGUAAUGCGAAUCGACAACGAUGACUGCCGGUCCGAUUUCCGCCGCAAGAUGCGUCCGAAGUGCGAGUUCAUUUGCAAGUACUGCCAGCGGCGAUUCACCAAGCCGUACAACCUGAUGAUCCACGAGCGCACCCACAAGUCCCCCGAGAUCACCUACUCGUGCGAGGUCUGCGGCAAGUACUUCAAGCAGCGCGACAACCUGCGCCAGCACAGAUGUAGUCAGUGUGUUUGGCGAUAAGCUAAAAUAUACCAUAUAUAAACAUAUAUAUAUAUAAAAAGUAAAAAACAAAACCACACACAGAGCAAUAUAUAAAGUAAAACCGAUAUCUAAGCACCGCAGCACCAACAACAGCACGCAAUAUCACAGCUAUAUCUUAAAAAACAAAAAAACAAUAAAAAAUCAAAUCUGAAUGGGAUCUAAGCAGCAAUGAAGCAACUGCAACUGCAACAGCAAUAUUGCAACUGCAACAACAAGCACACACACCCCGCCUACCGCCUACCGCCCACUUCUUCAUGCACCACUCUAAGCAUAAGUAAAAAAAUAAAAAUAUUUAUAGAAAAAAAAACAAAUAUACAUAUCUGCAACAAAAGCAACUCUGCAAUAUUGCUUAAACUACUAGAUGCAAUCUACAGCAACAACAAGCGAUUAUAUUGAA